AUGGCUUCUCCAACAGCCGUCCAAGGGAAGCCCAGACACGACCUGCCAAGAGAGGAGGGGCCACCAAUGGAUCCCAACAACGAUAGCCCCAAAGAGGUCGACGAGAAAUUGGUGACACCAGCUGCACCUAGCGGACCUCCUCCGCCUCCUAAUGGUGGACUCAUGGCAUGGAGCCAGGUUGCCGCCGGCUUCGUUCUCUUCUUCAACACAUGGGGCAUGAUCAACACGUUUGCUGUCUUCCAAACCUACUACGAGAACGGCGAGCUCUUUGAGGCCUCGUCUUCCGAUAUCUCCUGGAUAGGUUCCAUCCAAUGCUUCCUCCUUCAGCUGACCGGGCUCGUUGCCGGCCCCAUCUACGAUCGAGGCCACCUCCGACUGCUCCUCAUCACCGGUAGCUUCCUGGUCGUCUUCGGUCUCAUGAUGCUCUCCCUGUGCACCAAGUACUGGCAGGCCUUGCUGGCGCAGGCCUUUUGCAUCGGCAUCGGCGGCGGCCUGCUCUUCACGCCUACCGUAUCGCUGCUUCCAACGUGGUUCAGCACACACAUGGGCCUCGCCGUCGGCAUCGCCUCAUCGGGCUCCUCCCUCGGCGGCAUCAUCUACCCUAUCGUACUCUACCGGCUACUCGGCCCGAUCGGCUUCCCCUGGGCCGUCCGCACCCUCGGCUUCAUCUCCCUUGGCACCUUCAUCCUCCCGCUGGCCGUCAUGCGCAUGCGUAUACGCGUGCCCAAGCCGCGCGCCGUCGUCGACUGGUCCGCCUUCACCGACGUCCCCUUCAUGGUCUUCACUCUGAGCAUGGUCAUCCUCUUCAUCGGCAACGCAGUCCUCAUCUUCUACAUCUCCUUCUACCCGGAGAGCCGCGGCUUCACCGACACCUCGCUGGCCUUCUACAUGGCCGCCAUUUUCAAUGCCGGAUCCGUCCUGGGGCGUAUCGCCCCCAACGCGCUGUCGGACCGCAUCGGCGUCUUCAACACCAUGGCUCCCAUCACCCUCCUCCUGGGCGUCACCGUCCUUUGUAUGCUCGGCGUGCACAAUGCAGCUGGCAUGAUCGUCGAGGCAAUCGUCACUGGCUUCUUCAGCGGUGUCGUCGUCGCCCUCCCUCCUGUGUGCUUCCGUGUCCUAACCGCGGACAAGUCUAUGAUUGGCACGCGCAUCGGACAGGGCUUUGCGAUUGGCGGACUGGGUCUGUUGAUUGGUGGGCCAAGCGGUGGUGCCAUACUCGGGAAAAGUGAACCUCUGGAUUGGACGGGCCUGUGGGUUUAUGGAGGUGCUGCUGGCUGCGUCGCUGGCUUCAUCCUUGUUGGUGUUCGAAUCAUGAAGGCCGGCGUUGCGCUGAGGGUUAAGGGUUGA